GUCCCUCGCGGGCCGCCGUGUGCCGGUGCGCUCCGCUGCCGCGCUCUCCGCCUCUCGUCUCGUCCGCCGCCCGGCCCGGCCCGGCCGCUGCCCCGCCAUGAGCGACAAGGGCGAGCUGGACCUCACCGGCGCCAAGCAGAACACCGGCAUGUGGCUGGUGAAGGUCCCCAAAUACUUGUCACAACAGUGGAGUAAAGCUUCAGGAAGAGGUGAAGUGGGAAAACUAAGGAUUGUCAAAAAUCAAGGAAGAACGGAAGUGUCAUUUACUUUGAAUGAAGAGCUUGCAAGCAUCAGUGAUAUUGGAGGAAAGCCUGCUUCAGUCAGUGCACCAAGGGAACAUCCAUUUCUUCUGCAAAGUGUGGGAGGACAGACCUUAACAGUGUUCACAGAAACUUCAGUAGAAAACCAAUCAGAAGAAAAAUCAGAAAGUGGCAGUACUGAUAAACUUGCCUUGGAAGGAAUAGUGGUGCAACGCGCUGAAUGCAGACCUGCAGCUAGUGAAAAUUAUAUGAAGCUGAAAAGAUUACAGAUAGAAGAAUCUUCUAAACCUGUAAGGUUAUCCCAGCAGCUGGACAAAGCUGUAACCACGAACUAUAAACCAGUGGCUAAUCAUCAGUAUAAUAUUGAAUAUGAGAAGAAGAAGAAAGAAGAUGGAAAAAGAGCUCGAGCUGAUAAACAACAAGUGUUGGACAUGCUUUUUUCAGCCUUUGAGAAACAUCAGUAUUACAACAUUAAAGACCUGGUGGACAUAACCAAACAGCCAGUGAUAUACUUGAAAGAAAUUUUGAGAGAAAUAGGCAUCUACAAUGUGAAGGGGACCCACAAAAACACAUGGGAGCUGAAGCCGGAAUACAGACAUUACCAAGGAGAAGAAAAGAGUGAUUAACAAAAAUAUUUAUGAUGUAAGAGUGAUUGCACUCAGGGAUCUGUGGUGUUCACAGAGAGGACUGAGCACAGUGCAAUUCUGCAAGGAUAAAGAUAAAUUAAAGCAGCUGAUACUUUGUAAUUUUCUGUAGCUUUUCCCCCCAAGGAAUACUUCUUGUAUGUUUCUAUAUAUGCUUUGUCUUUUGACAGGAAAAGUUUAUAGAAUAAAUUUGUAUUAGAUUUAUCUUUAUUAGAAAUCUUCUGAGUUCUCCUCUUACUUUUUCUUCGUAGCUUCGUGGCUUUUCCUAGUCUUGAUAACUGAUGAAAAAUGUGUCUUAGAGGAAACCAUAACUUUGUGGGUUUGCAUUCCAGUGUAACCAGGUUAAUACCCUGGGUUCUGCUGGGAUCUGUCAGGGCUUUGUCUGGAAGCCUGCAAAUGUGCACAACCCUUUGUGCAGUGUCUGUGUGGAAUGGACAUGCUGCUCUUCCUGGUAUCAGGCUUUAGGAAGAACAGCCACAACCAUGGUGCUCAUCACAAUCCUUAGACUCCCUGGGAACAAACCAAUGCAGUUAAAAACCCAUAAAGUGAGUGGGAAGAUGUCAGUCCCCUCCAUGUGAUUACUGAGAAAAAAUGACAUGUCUGUUAGGUACAGGAAGGAACAAUUUUCUCUUUUGUUUGGUUUUUAUGCUGAUAUCUAUGUUCUGUUUAAGUAUAUCAAUAAAAGUAUUAUUUUAAUUUGUGGCACACAA